CGAGGAGGCGCCGGGAGCGGCCGCGGAGGCCUCGGCCGCGGGCCCCGCGCCCUGCCCGGGCAUGAGGCGGGGACGGGGCCGCUGCCAACCGCUUCUGCGGGGAGAAGGAUCUCUGUGGGCCUGUUUCUCUAGCCAAGGUCUGAUUAGGAGAAAGGAAAAACCUGGGAAUUUCUUCAAAUGAUCUGAGCAGGUUUUGUAUCAGAUGAAUAUCUGCAACAAACCUCAUAAUAAGAUAGCUCCAGAGGAUUUGGGUGAAGCUGUCCCCGAGGUGCAGGUCCAACGUGCUCGAAGAAAUGGCUGGAGCUGGCCUCUGCACCUGUUCCAGGUCAUUGCCUGGCUGCUGUACCUCUUCUUUGCGCUGGUUGGCUUUGGAAUCCUGGUUCCUCUCCUGCCCCGCCACUGGCUGCCCGCUGGCUAUAUCGGGUCUGUACGGACUGAGAAAUGUGGACCUUUGUCAGCAGGGUCAGAUUCUGUCUCCAUUGAUCCUGCGGAUGCAAAUGUGCGAGAAAAAAACUAUCUGGGGCCUCUGGCCACCUUCAAUCGUAACCAGCAUGCCCAUGUCAUUGAAAACCAUCACUGCCAUGUCUGUGACGUGGAUGUGAGUGCCAAGUCAAAGCACUGUGGAACUUGCAACAAGUGUGUAUGUGGCUUUGAUCAUCACUGCAAAUGGCUCAACAACUGUGUGGGAGAGAGGAAUUACUGGCUUUUUUUGAAUAGUGUUCUGUCUGCCAUCCUGGGCCUGGGGCUUCUGCUGCUCGUUGCUUUCUACGUCUUUGUGGAGUUCUUCGUCGACCCCACGAUGCUCCGCUCCGACCAGCACUUUGAUGCUCUAAGGAACCACAUGGACCGCUGGCUUGUGUUUCUCCCUGCAUCUCCUGUUGAGACCAAGGCACCUGCCAUUUUGGUCACAGCUGGGAUUUUUAUUCUUCUGAGUCUGGUGACCGUGAUCCUGCUGGGCCACCUCUUGACCUUUCACAUUUAUCUCUUGUGGCACAAGCUGACGACGUACGAGUACAUCCUGCAGCAGCGGCCACAGCAAGAGGCAGAAAAAGUGGACAAGCAACAGGAGCCUUGUUCCUCCCAAGUGAGGCCCAGUCAGGAAGCAGACUUAUUGUCAGGUAACCCUGGCUAUACAGACCCUGGAAUUCAAGCAGUGGAAUUCUCAACAGUAACUUCAGGAAAAGGCUUUCCAAAGCUCUACGUCCACAGCAAAGAAGGUGACCCCGAGCAGAGCUCCUCCCCAGACCCCCCAGCUCUUCGCUUUGCAGUCCCUUCUCAGCAGCAGAAGAAAAGAAGAAAGAAGAUGCACAAAGCUUCUUCCUCGGCAGUGGACAGUGGAUCUAAAGAAUGUGCUACACGUCAGCCCUCCUUCCCAGAUCCCCAGUCAGACAAUCCCAGAGGUGACAGGAAGAAGAACCUGUAUUCUGAGCACAAGGUAAAAAGGAGAGGCUGCCAGCAGGACAGACGCUUGGAACAAGACCUGGAACUUUUUCCUAAGGUUCCUGAGGUGUUUGUAAGUAAGAGCAGUGGAGAACCUCUUGUCCCCCAACUCCAGCCCAGGGAGAGCACAACCGAGCCUGACCACAGAAAAUGCACCAGCAAGCAGCAUGUGAGCAGACAUGAUCCAUGCUCAAAGGACAUAAGGACAAACACCACAGCGGCCUAGGGAUCAGCAUUCCAAAGCCACAGCCUUUGGGAACAGUGUUAGUAUUGUGUAGAGGCCUAAGGGGCUCAUCCCUCACUGUGCAUGUGCUGUCAGGCUGCAGGGGGACAUUUCUCACCCUCAGCCAAAGGCAAGAGGCAGCAAAAGGUGGCAAACCUGAGGCAGACCUGUUGCUCGAGAGAGUUCCAGUGCUUUCCUUAGGAAAGGUCCAACCCCUCCUGGCCCUCUGCACGCUGGUGCUGCAGGGACUUCCCGGGAGAGUGUGUGGGGAAGAACCAGGCUGUAUCUCUGCUCUUCCCUGUGCCCUGAAAUCUGUGUUUCCCAUCUGCCUAAACCUGUCAGUCUUUGAAUCAUGCGCAGGGGCUUCAGCAGGUGGUCAGGGAGUAACCUCAGGAUUGUCCCUUCCCUAUACCGCUUUCCACUGUGCCCCCUCAAGCCAAGUCCACCACCAGCAUGGUCUCUGGAAGGCAAUGUAGUUUGACCUGUUCCCCCUUCCCAGCAGCCUGGGGUGCCCCACAGUGCAGCCUUCUCAUAUCAGAAGCUUUGGGAUACAGCAAGUCCUGAAACCUUUCCAUUUCCCAGGCUGCCAGAUCUGCAUUAGUGCCCAGCCAAGCCUGGAGUGUGUGUGGUGCAGAAAGAUCCCACAGCAGACACUGGGGCACACAGCCAGUGCCUCGAGUCACAGCAGCCUGUGCUGGGGGUGAGAGGCAGGGAUCUGUCUGGGCUGCUGUCCUGCAGCGCCUCAGCUUUCCCUGCCCUCUUGGCUUCCCCAGGCAGCAUGUCCUGUUACAAAUUCCUGGCUGAGCACUGAGGCUGGGGCUUCCAGCAAGCCCAUAUCUGCCUAGCAUCCAUCUAACCUCAGAGCCCGGGAGAGCAGCUAUGCACAGAUCCCAACAGGCCUUGCCACAGGCAUGGGAGUGCCUGACAUGAUUUGUCACUUGGCAGCCAUGGCACAUGCACAGCCCUGGCAUGGCCGGUGCCCUGAGUGGCAGUGGCUGAUGUGACCAGUUGCACCAUUUCCAGACAGGCCCCUGGUGCUGGUGAACAAACAGGGAAGAAUUAGGAAAGAAAAGGAAGCCGGGGGAGUCUUCAUCACCCUACCAAAUCUUUGAUGCAUGGACAGCACAACUGACCCUUUGUCCAGACUACGGUGGGUGCAGGUGAGGGAAGGACAGGGCAGAGCAGGUUUGCUGUGUGAGUCAAGUGAAGGUGUUCUCCCCUCACCUGUCUCAAUCUGCAAACACUUAUCUGAAAUGGUUCAGAGCAGGACAGGAUAUCUGAGGACAAAGGCUCUUUGGGCACAGCCAACAUGGGACAGGCAGGCUGGACUCCCAGCCUUGAUGGGAGAGACCAGCCCCAGGGAGAAAGACUUGGGGGUGUUUUAAAGGGCUGCCUUACCACUCUUCUCUGUUGUCUGAUUUUUGUCUCCUGAAAGAACUGGGAUGAGGAGCCUUGACUCCUCAUCAAAUUACAUGAUCCAUUGAUCAGCAAUGUAAUGUAGCUGUUGAAGUAAUUUUGUCUCAGUUUGCAGGAAGGGCUGGCCUGUGGUCACCCUCCUUGCAACUUCCCUUGCUGCUGUGGCUAAGAGCAUCCACUGGCAGUGUGACCCUUUGGAAAAGCAGGUGAGUGUGGGUCCAGCCUUUGUGGGCCAGCACAUGUGGCACUGGGUGUCUGCAGAGACCAGGGCAUCUGCUCACCAAUGGGUCCUGGUUAGACAAAGGCCUUCCUCUUGUUUCUCCUCAUGUCCACUGUCAUCCAAGGAAACUCUGCAGCAACACUGGGCUCAGGGUUUUCCAAGGCCAGCUGUCCCUCCACCAGAAGGCAUUGGUAAUUCCUCUGCAGCAGGUGCCCCUGAGGAGACCUUGUGUGUUUUCUUAAUCUCUGUCCAUGCAGAACUAGUCCCAAAAUCAUGUACAGAGCUCUGACCACAAUAAAAUUUUCUAUACUCUU